AUGAGCAACCAUAAAGAUUCCUCUCCGACGAACACUGAUGAUACAUCAACUCCAUCAGGCAACCACACUACUACUUCUGACGCUACUACUGCUACGACAGGAAACACCAAUGAUAAACUCAAUGUUCCCAAUACGCGUUAUCAUCAUCACCGAAGGCGAUCGGGAAGCCAGCCUACAACCACAUCUUCUUAUUUGUCAUCACUAUCGCCAAAUAAUAGUAACAACUUCACUCCUGCCUCAAAUAAUACUCUCACUCCUUUAGACAUUGCUCGAUUGACUUCAUCAAUGAGUAGCACUAGCUCUUCAAAAUCACCAUCCUCUUCUUCUUUUGCAUCAACAAACUCUUCAUCUUCAACAUCAUCUUUUGGUUGUAAUGCAUUUCCGCCGACUUCUGUCAAUCAUCAUUUACAUUCUACCAUCACUCAUUCGCUUUCUAAUCCAAAUCUGACUCUUCUUUACACAAAUACAUCGACGAAUAAUAUUAAUAAUUCUACAAAGGCUAAUUCUCCCUCUGCUAUGUCUAAUUCAAGUAUUGUAACUCAUCUUAUACCUCCAUUAUUUCUUAAUCGACAACUCACUACUCCUUCACCUCCUCCACAAAUGAACCAUUCCAAUUCAAAUAUCAUCAGUAACACUCCUAAUUAUUUUAAAAAUUCACCUGCCUUUGGAUCUUCAUUACCCAUGCCUCGAAAGAGAAGAACAACACUACAAAGAAACGGAUCUAAUUUUAUUACAGACAAUUUAUUAGACUUGUAUUUAAAGAGUGGAGUUGGAACAAAUAGUUUUGGAGUAGGAUCUCUUUCACAAGAUAACACUGGAUCAAUAAGUCCAACAAGUUAUGUCACUAGUUAUGGUGGAGUUCACACAAUUCAUGACAAUUAUUAUGGAAAUAUAGAUAAUAAUUCUCAGAAUCAACAAUUUAGAUACCACACAAAAGUAGAUAUCAUUGAUGUGAUUUACAGCGAUUCAGCAAGUAAUAUUCAUAUGCCUUACCAGCAAUAUCAAAUAUUACUUCAUAAUCAACAUUCCCAAAAGCGGGCCAGUAAUUCUCAUUUGAAUGGAGCAUUACAAGAUUCUAUUUGGAACGAACCCAUGUCACCAACAAAAAAAGGUCAUUACGACGAUCUCUCAUCUUCCUCAACCUCGACACCAAAUAAUUCAAAUCAAAAGGGACCUCACUUGAUUUACGUCUUACGAGUCCGUAAAGGAAGCAUGUUCUCUAGAUCAUGGAUAUUAGAAAAACGCUAUUCUCAAUUCAGCAAACUACACAAAGCACUUGUAAAGGAGCACAAGCAAAAAAUGAAAAGUAUUUCACAGAAAGGAGCAAGCGAAUUGGAACUACCCAAACUUCCACCAAAAAUGUUGAUUGGAAACUUCAAGCCUGAAAACGUUCAAAAAAGAAAAGAAGCUCUUCAAACAUAUUUAGAUUUAAUUUGCAAAGGUAAUAGUGAGCUAGAUUCUUAUUUUUCUUCCGAGCCAAAAGAGAGCGAAUAUUUAAGUUACGAGUCAGUGAUUGAAUUUCUAAAAUUGGAUAUUGAAGAAAUAGCACCUAUUUAUCGACUGUCUAACGAUUUAUUUUUGUCUAUUUUUCAAUUUUGCAUAUUUGAAGAAAUAUUUCCAGUAUUAUCACUAGUUUGCAAGUGGUGGAAUAGAAUUAUUUAUCAAUCCUUUAAAUCUCUCGAUAUGGUAUAUUGCAAUGAAAAUGUAUUCUUCCUGAAAGUAUCGGUAGCUAUUGACACUAUUGAAGAUUUAAGCAAUCUAAUACUAAGAUUUAAUAAUUUAGUGAAUUUAAGACUCCAUAGAUUUUAUGAAUUGGAUGACAAGAGAUUGAAUGUAAUUAUCAAAAAUUGUAGAUAUUUAGAAAAUAUGGAAAUAGUAGAUUGUGGUUUGAUAUUACCAACAGUUCCACUGUUUCGGUAUCGCACAGUGACACUCACUGAGUAUACAACUAUGAAAACUGUUGAUUUUUCUAAUAAUAGAAAAUUAUACAAUAUUUUAUUCAAGAACGAAAUGAAUGAAUUUGGUCAACCCUCUCGUCCCUCUAACAUCAGCAACACCAUCAACAAUAAUAAUGGAAAUCCUACCAUCAGUACUAUUAAUAUUAGAAAUUCACCCCCAUCUUCAAUAUACCCAAUCGGUCAAUCCUUGUUUCAUUUAGAUUUGACAAAUACUGUCAUCACUGAUGACACACUUUGUGAAAUUUUGAUCAAGUUGAAUGGAGUAUUACAAACUCUGAACAUUUCUCAAUGCAAGAAAUUAGUGAAUCCCCUCAUAGAAAUGAGACAUUUGGAAACAUUGGUGAUGCGGUAUUGUACCAAUGUUACCAAACCAAUUCUCAAAUGCAAUGGAUUACAAUAUUUAGAUAUCAGUUAUACCAAUAUUAAUGACGAGGCGCUAUUUACUGGAAUUGUUCAACAAAAAACAAGUGUUGACUUGUUAACUUUGAGAGCCAAUUCAUGUCAUCAAUUGAAACAACCACGAUUACCAAUUGGUAUUCCACUUGAAGUUCAAAUUGAUUCACCAUUAGCUAUGAUUCAUAAUCCACCCACAAUCAUCAUUCAAGCCUUCUCCAAAUUGUUCCGAUUAGAAUUAAGCGCAUGUUGUAAUUUGAAAGAACCUCAAUUUGAAUUUUCUUCCAAUUCCCAAUUACAUUAUGUAGAUUUACGAAUUUCUCCUGUCUCAUCAUCGACAGUUAGAGCAGUCCUGGAAUAUAUGAAUUCACGAAUUGAGCAACUCAAACAACAAUUUGCAGUGCCAAUGAUACCUUUUCGACCAAACUCGCCACCACCACAAGAGGCUCGUUUAAUCACCAAUGCAGUUGAGGCAUUUGACGUUUUUCAACCUCAAUUAGAUUUUGCCAAUGCUUAUCCUAAUACCUCCUCAUCAUCAGCAUCGAACAGCAACAUUCACAAUACAAACAUACGAGCCCAACCACCUCAACGAAGGCAAUCCUUUGGUUCCACGGCCACACCACGACAUCAAAUUGCUAUGGCCUCGUCCAAUGGCAUUUUUGCAUUUCUUUUGUAA